AUGGAGAUGCAGGGCGCUUCUGACUAUUUCCUGGACAGCGCCGACCGCAUCCACUUCUUUAUUGAAAAGGAUGCCGGAGAUGAGGACGGCAAGAUCAAGCCGUCCAUGUCGAAAGCCCGAUCCUUGAACAAGGUUGGCCACGGCCUCCAUGUUGCGGUUUGCGCCCCAGACGGCCGGUGCUUCCGCAAAUUCACACACCAGCUUCGUGGAAGAUCCUGUGUUCCGGGAGUACAGCCAAUCCAGCAAGGCCUGGGUUCCUGUUGCUCAGUAAGGAAGGAGCCAUGCGUGUAA